ACUACCUUCCGAGCCGUCAUUUCGGUUAAACCGUCACCGCUAAGAGCGGGAGUCAGAGAAAAGUCUUUCUUCCUUCUUUUAUCUUUCUCGCUAAACGGAGGCUUGCUUUGCUGGUCCAGUUUCAUCUCACUGGUCACAGCCCUUCCGCCCCCAAAUUGGCUGCCGGAGACGACGGCGAAGGUUGAGAAAGCAAGAAAGCAAGCUAGCUCGCCAUUUUCGAUUCCUAAAGAGAACCACCGAUUUCUCAGUCCCAAGUCCUUAAGAUCGGGGGGAAAAAAACUCGCAGCAAUGGGGAGAUUGUUCAUAGAGGAUGCGAAGGGAGAGAAGGUGCUCAUUUGCAGGGGCUGCAGGGUCGAUUCCGCUUCCUACGAUGACAUCGAGUCCAAGGAGUUUCAGGGUCGCUAUGGCCGCGCUUAUCUCUUCAGGAAAGUGGUCAACAUAGUAAUUGGAUCCAGCGAAGAGCGAAUUCUUUCAAGUGGAUUCCAUGUUGUUAAUGACAUCUACUGCAGCUCUUGCAUGCAGCUAGUUGGAUGGAGAUAUUUGUAACCUUCAUCAUGUACACCACCAUUCAUGCUGUCUGUGAUUAUGGGACACCAAGUUGGCCAUCCAGAGUAGUAAUUCAAUUCUGCUAAUCAAACAUUAAGGACGAAACUUCACCAGUUAAUCGAAUCCAUUCCAGUUGAAACAGCAUUGCUCUUGCAUCUUGUCUCUCCGGAGAGAGCUGAGGAGGAGAGCCAGAAGUACAAAGAAGGAAUGUUCAUCCUGGAAAAGGAGCGGAUGGAGAAAAAGGGCGGAUGAUGCUCAAACCAACUCCAGCACACGAUCACUUCGACGAACUGCAAACUUUGGAAGGAAGUAAGUAGGAAGUGUCAGUCACUACAUCACCUAAGUCUAAAUGUAACUAAUUGGAGCUACGAUUACUUUUGAUACUCGAUUUUUGCCAUGUAAGUAGAGAGUAUUGUCAAACUAGUAGUAGGGGGAAGCAAAUGUAAGAGCUAUAGGGAGUUCCUUUAGCACAGUCAGGGAGAGGGCCAUUACUGUUGAAACUGAAUUCUGAUUCAUUUUGGUCCUUUCCUUUCUAUAUUCUCGAUGUAAUAGACAAAGUUGGAGCCACAGCCCACGGAUACCACCAAUUGCUUCUCAGAAAGUGUCGUUUUUCACAAUUAUGAGUUACUUUGGGGUGGCUCUAUGUGGAAUGUUGUCAAUAUGUUGGACCAUAGUGUUACAUUUUGUUUCUCAAGUGGG